CACGAAGGCGGCCGCGCGAGGCCUCCUCCUCCUCCUCCCUCGUCGCCGCUCCGCCCUCCGGCCCCCGCAGGAAGAAAAGAGGCGGAGGAGGCCGCGGGGAAGCCGCCACGCACGGCCAGAAGCGGCGGCGGGGGAUAGAAGCAGCGGCAAAGGCCUCUUCCCUCCCUCCCUCCCUCCCUCCCUCCGCGGCCGGAGGGUCCCCGCGGCCUCGAGGCGUUUCCGAGAUGGUUUGAUUGAAGACUCCUGCCUCAGUUGUGCAAAGAUUUGACCCAGAACUUUUUCAGUCAAGGGGUACGAUCAGCUGUGAAAGCAAUGAAUGAGCCAAGAGCUGCUGGGACAGAUCGGGAGCCAAAAGGAACAGAAAAAAACCCCGGUGCCACUCAUCGCCAGCAUAAGAAGGAGCGCCUGGGAUGGGGAGCGUCACAACAUUGCCGAAGGGAGACCUAUCACGGGAUGCAGGAGCUCUGGGAAGCCCAGCUCCAGCAGUUCCUGAAAUCUCUGCAGCCCAUUUUAACGGGACGGGGAAACUCUGGGAUGUCCGAGGCUUCUCCCUGGGAGGACACCAAAGAGUUUCUGGCCUCCUUUGAGCAAGUGGCCAAAGCUUGCCGAUGGCCCCGGGACCAGUGGGCGGCCCAUCUCCUGCCGGCCCUGAGCGGAGAAGCGGAAGAGGCCUUCCGAGGUCUGGAAGCCCGAGACCAGGAAAACUAUGAGAAAGUGAAGGCCGCCAUCUUGCGGGGGGAAGCCCUGAGAACGGAGAGGCAGCGGCAGCACUUUCGGCAGUUCUGCUGCCAAGUGGUAGAGGAUCCCCGGAGGAUCCACAGCCAACUCCAGGAGCUUUGCCGCCAGUGGCUGAAGCCGGAGAGACGCACCAAGGAGCAGAUCCUGGAGCUGCUGAUCCUGGAGCAGUUCCUGGCCAGCCUCCCACCGGAGCUCCGGAGUUGGAUCCAAGCCAGGAGGCCGGAGUCGUGUUCCCAGGCCGUGGCCCUGGUGGAGGACUUCUUAAUGAGUCAACAGGAGGCCAAAACCAGGACAUCUCAGGGGCGUUUAAAGGAAAAACCCGUGGAUUUCCUACCGGCAGUUGCAGAGAUGGAGCCUCUAAAUGCCACAAAGGGACCAAUCUACGGUGAAACUGAUCCAAAUGUGGAGGCCAAUUUGCUGGGCAGUGGACCGAAAUACCCAAGUCUCUCUCCUUUGCCGUUUCCUCCUGAAGGAGAAGAAGCAGGCCAGACUGGUGGGAAAGAGGGAUCCAAAGAUGUCAAGGAACCUGGAGGGUCUCUGCAGAUUGUGAAGCAGAGCAUGACCCAGCCAGGCCAGCAGACUAUGCUGUGGCACGUCCUGCAGGAGGAGGAUGACUCAAAUACGGAUAUUUUGGGAGACGAAAUGGGAAAUUACAUCAAGGUGGAGAUUCCUCAGUGUGGAGAAGCUGAAACAGAGGAUAACUCCAGGAUGGGGCCACAGAUCGGAUACGACCAGGUGCCCGUCAAACAUGAGAGGCUGGAAGGACGAUCUGAAUCACGAGAGACCCAGGAUGGAUCGCCAGUCGGGGCAGGAAAGGACUGUUUUGAGCUGGGAGAAGUUCAUUGGAAGAGAUACCAGAGAACGUCCCUUCCGAAUUCCUCCCACUUUCCUAGAGAGGUUGGUCAUGAGAUCCCGGAAGUUUUCCCAAGCCACCCACCUCCCACAAAGAAGCCCCGGAGCGGUCCUGAGCACAGCGUGGUCUGGGACCACUUUGAGUUGGAUUCGGAGGACCCCUGCUACGGCAUCUGCACGCACUGCAAGAGACGGGUUAGCCGAGGCAAGAACUCAAAACAUUUUUCAACAUCUGGGUUGCUGAAACAUCUGCAGAGGCAUCACGGCAACAUCGUUCUGGCUGCCAUCGCCACGACGCAAGCCAUGUUGCCGACUAGCAGUAAGUCGAAUGGACCUGUUCUGAUGCCCAAUGCUUUGCCCCAGUGCUGGACGAAGCAGAAGUCACCCGGUAAAAGACAGGCCGGUCCAAAGCCAUCGGAAGUGACCCGUGCUAUUGCCCAGAUGAUGGCUUUGGAUGACCAGCCCUUCAGCAUGGUGGAAGAGGCAGGUUUCCAGCACCUCCUGAAGUUGCUUGCCCCCAACUAUAAAAUCCCAUCCGGUACCACCUUCAGCAGACAGAUCGUGCCUUCCCUGUAUCAGGCCUGCAGGGAGGAGGCCUUGGGGAUGUUUCAAACCCCAGCACCUCCGGCCAGUGUGAACUUGAGCUCCGAUGAAGAGACUUCCGAGGCGGCCGGCGAUCGUCCUCCCCGCCCAGCCCUGAACCGCCUGCUCGGAAGCCCGGAGGGCCAAGCCGGCUUCUCGAUCGCUCGGUGUUGGCUGCGGCUGGAGAAGGAGGCACAUCCCGGAGCCCUCUUGAGCCGUCUUCCAUCGGGAAUGAAAGCAAUGAAGGAGGGCGUUUCGGUAGAGCCCAGAUUGGAAGUGGGACCAGACGGAUCUGGAAAAGCCACCAUCCCUCUUAUGUCGGAAGGCAGGAUCAAGCCGCCGGGAUGGGGAGCAUCACGCAAGAACAAAGGGGAAUCUCGCAAAGCGAGGCAACAGUGCUGGGAGGCCCAGUGGCAGGAGUUCCUCAGGACCCUCCAGCCCGGAAGAGGACAAAACCCCCUGAUGAUGUCAGAGGCUUCCCCCUGGGAAGACCCCAAGGCCUUCCUGGCCUCCUUCGAACAGGUGGCCACAGCCUGCCGGUGGCCCAGAGGAGAAUGGACGGCCUGUCUGCGGCCAGCUCUGAGCGGAGGAGUGGAAGAGGCCUUCCGGACCCUGGACACCAGAGACCAAGAGGAUUAUGAGAAGGUCAAGGCGGCCAUCUUGCGAGGGGAAGCCUUGAGGACGGAGAUGCAACGCCAGCAUUUUCGGCAGUUCUGCUGCCAGGAGGUGGGAGACCCCAGGAGGCUCUACGGACAGCUCCACCAGCUGUGUCUCCGGUGGUUGAGGCCGGAGAGACGCACCAAGGAGCAGAUCCUGGAGCUGCUGAUCUUGGAGCAGUUCCUGGCCAGUCUCCCACCUGAUCUCCAGAGCUGGAUUCAAGCCAGGAGGCCAGACACGUGUCCCCAGGCGGUGGCCCUGGUGGAGGACUUCCUUCGGAGUCAGGAACAGAUCAGAUCAGGGUCAUGGCAGGCUUCCUUAAAGGAAGAGCGGAUGGAUUUCUUGCACGUGGAGGAAAAACCUCUGGAAGCUAUGAAGACAGAAAAUGACCACGAAGCGGGGACUGAGCCAGCCCUCCCAACAGACCAGGAGCAGGGUGGAAACCUAGAUUUUUCGGAUGAUGUAAGAGAGUCUGAGGUUAACGAAGAGAAUUUGUAUUAUGGACAAAAUGCAUUGGAGGAAAAAUACAGAAUAACUCCACAGAUAAACUACAGGAAUAAGGAAGAGAUUGCAGAAAUGCAGGGGGAAGGAGCCGGGUCUGAAAACCAGGAGAGAACAGAAAGAGAGGGGAGAAAGAAUGAAAGUAUGGAAUCCCUUAUCCAAAAUACCAGUAAGUCCAGUAAGGAAGAAAUGCCCGUGUUCUCCAAAUACGGUAGAAGGUACCGCUAUAGAGUAGAACGCGACGUGCUCCAUUCCAGCGAGGAUUAUGAAGCACGUCCCAAUUCAGAAGAGAACACCCAGCCUAAUUCCUCUGUUAGGCUGCUGGAGGAAGCCAAAAUAAGUGAGAAAACGCACACAUUCUUUGAACGUGGGAAAGAAAGUCGCUAUCAGAAUGAAGAACUUCGCCCGUCUCCUGAAGAUGAGGAAAACGUGACUCGCGCAGACUCGCCGAGGAGAAUUCUGACAGGCCCGACAGAAAAUAGACAGUACGAAUGCUCUCAGUGUGGGAAGCGCUUAAGUACAAGAAGAAACCUGAAAUUACACCAGAGAAGUCACACCGGAGAAAAGCCGUACGAAUGUUUCCAGUGCGGGAAGUGCUUCAGCCAGGCUGGAUGUCUGAAGACCCACCAAAGAUUUCACACCGGAGAGAAACCUUACAAAUGUUCCCAGUGUGGAAAAUAUUUCAGGCAGGCAGGAUAUUUGAAGACCCACCAAAGGUUUCACACCGGAGAGAAACCUUACAAAUGUUCUCACUGCGAUAAAUACUUCAGUCAGUCAGGAUAUCUGAAGACCCACCAAAGAUUUCACACUGGAGAGAAACCCUAUGAAUGUUCACAGUGUGGGAAGUGCUUCAGUACGGGAAUUAACUUGAAGAGGCAUCAGAUGAUUCACACCGGAGAGAAACCCUACGAAUGUUCACAGUGCGGGAAGUGUUUUCGGCAAGCAGGAAAUCUGAAGAGCCAUCAAAGAACUCAUACCGGAGAGAGACCCUAUCAAUGUUCUUAGUAUGAGAGGUAACUCAACUGAGAACACAAGUCUUAUCAUAGUCCUUUCAGGACUUCCACACCAAUUUGCACUAUUCAGGGCACAAAUAAACCUCCAAGUGGCCUCAACAACUCUCAGAAAGAGCGCUAGUGACCAGAUGACUUCAAGGAAUAUAAAUCCUUCCAUCUUCCACCAUUUGGUCAGAACUGAAGAAGCUUCUUGGAUGAGAAGCGAAACGUCUUCAAGGAAAAACUUGCUUUUUGAAAAAGCACCUUUGCGACAACCAUGAGCUGGAUGACUGAGAAUCUCCACAGGCAAACUCAACUGACAUGUAUGAUUAAGAAAAUAUGAGAAACUUCGUUGUGCACAGAUGGAAAUAUCUGGAAGUAACCAAAACGAGAGAACAAUCAUCAGAGAUUCCAUACAAGAUUUGACGAACUGUAGAUAAGUGUACUUAUGGUAAUUUGAAAUUAAAAGAAUGUUGUCAGUAUUAUAUACAUUCUUUCAUCAAUCAGGCAGGGUUUUUUCAAAGCUUCCAAAAAAAAAAGUUUGGGAAGGUUUGGGAAGGAUUUGGGAAGGAUUUAAACUUGAUUAUUUGCUUAGGACAUUUGCUUGAUCAUUUGCUUAGGACAUUUCCUGACACAGAAUUCCUUUUUAAUUCAGGACUUUAAAUUUAAUUGAUUCAGAAAAUUACUGCUUAUUAAGAUACAUUUUCUAGAAUCUAGACAGCCUUGGAAAUGUUAAAUUUUUAAAAUGUUAAUACCACUUGGUAAGGCCACAGUUGGAAUAUUGCAUUCAGUUUUUGGUUGUCACGAUGUAAAAAAGAUGUGGAGACUCUAGAAAGAGUGCAGAGAAGAGCAACCAAGAUGAUUAGGGGACUCAAGGAUAAAACAUAUCAAGAACGGUUGCCGGAACAGGGUAUGUCUAGUUUAAUAAAAAGAAGGACUAGGUGAGACAUGAUAGCAGUCUUCCAAUAUCUCAGGGGCUGCCACAAAGAAGAGGGAGUCAAACUAUUCUCCGAAGCAUCUGAGGGCAGGACAAGAAGCAACAGAUGGAAACUAAUCAGGGAGAGAAGCAACUUAGAACUAAGGAGAAAUUUCCUGACAGUUAGAACAAUUAAUCAGUGGAACAACUUGUCUCCUCCAGAAGUUGUGAAUGCUCCAACACUGGAAUAUUUUAAGAAAAUGUUGGAUAACCAUCUGUCUGAAAUGCUAUGGGCAGGGAUGAAAUGUAAAAUUUGUUACUACCGGUUCUGUGGGUGUGGCUUGGGGGGGGUGUAAUGUGAUUGGGUGAGUGUGGCCAACUUUUUUUUUUUACUUUUAAAAGCAUUUUUUCUAC